AUUAGGUCUCAGGGAACCUCUACUAAACUGAAAAAAUUGGAAAUCAGUGGGAAGAAUGCCCUUUACACUGGUGGUUAGUGGGGAAAAAGCCUCUUACAUUGCUGGUUGGUGGGAAGAAUGUCCCUUGCAUUGGUGGUCAGUGGGAGGAAUAUCCCUUAUAUAGGGGGUCAGGGAGAAAAAUAUCCCUUACAUUGGAGGUCAGUGGGAAGAAUGUUCCUUACAUUGAGGGUCAGUGGGAAGAAUGUUCCUUACAUUGGGGGUCAGGGGAAGAAUGUUCCUUACAUUGGGGGUCAGUGAGAAGAGUAUCCCUUACAUUGGAGGUCAGUGGGAAGAAUGUCCCUUACAUUGGAGGUCAGUAGGAAGAAUGACCCUUACAUUGGGGUUUAGUGGGGAGUAUAUCCCUUACAUUGGGGGUUGUUGGGGAGUAUAUCCCUUACAUUGGGUGUCAGUGGGAAGAAUGACUCUUACAUUGGGGUUCAGUGGAAAGAAUGCUUCCCUGCAUUGGGGGGGGGGGGCUCUGAGGGAAGAUAGUCCCUUACACUGGGGGGGGUCAGUGGGAAGAAUGCCUCCUUACAUUGGGGAUCAGUGGGAAGAAUGCGUCUUAUAUUGGUCGUCAGUGGGAUAAACAUCUCUUAUAUUGGGGGUCAGUAGGAAGAAUGACCC